AUGUCGCUCGAAAUGCCGCCCAGCAGCUCGAAGAGCCCAAGCUCGGGCUUGUUUUCGCCUGGGUUCACCAAUGCCCCGGCUCAAGGCAACAUGAACGCCGGUUGGGACACAAACGAGGCCACCGGGCACAACAGCGCACACCAGCCCGACUACUUUUCUGCAGAUCUUGACUUUGACACCGCGUAUAUGCUGAUGACUAACGAACUUGACGCGGGCGUGCCUCCUAAUGCCGAGUUUGCCGCCGCGAACAAACACACCGCCGGCUCGCAAACCACCUCUGGAUCCAGUUCUUCUGACCAGUCGACAACCUUUCCGCAGACGCCGCCGAUGACAAACGUCGUGUCUACGGGGCUGUCGCCCUUCUAUAGAUCGCCGAAACUUGUGCACGAGCAACUUUCGCGACCGUUGACUCCAGACAACACCAAGCUUCAUGAGAAAAACAGCUUUUUCGCGCGAUCGUCCUCGUCGUUUCAUCUUGGGGAGUCGAGUCCUGCGCAGGCCACGUCUCCCGUGUCGCCGAACACGAGGAAUCUGCUCACAACGUUCAACAAUCUGAGCUAUUCUGCCAAUUUGGUGGGCCUGGCCCGACAGCAGUCGUCAGAGCUUCUUUCCGUAUCCGAAACGUCUGCCCUUGAGAACUUUCUGGACUCGAUCGCCAACGACCAGAGCUUGUCGAACCUUUCUAAACACUGGCACUCUAUUGAUCCUCUGGCCAGCUCAAUAAAGGACUCGAAAAAGGUCCCGGACGCGGAACUGGAAGUGGUUAUCAAGACAGACGACGGAGAACAGACUCUGCGGUCUCCGCCGACGCAAGAGGAGAAGUUGGCCCGAGCAAAUUACCAAAAGCGACAGCGGAGCGAAUCUUUGUCCAAAAAGCUGCUUACAGAGGAGGAGAAGAAGCUGAACCACUCGACGUCGGAGCAGAAACGGCGCGCAAUGAUAAAGAAUGCCUUUGAGGACCUAUGCGAUUUGAUAACUUCGUCUCCUGUUUAUCUGCGACAGACCAGAGGCGACGGUAGCAAGCCGAAGAGCAAGCGCAAAACAAUGUCCAAAUACAACAUCAUGAUGCACUCGAUAGAGGAAAUUGAUCGCCUCCAAGAUGUUAAUAGACGGCUCAAGCAGCUGAUAGGGUAG